CCUUUGUUUAUUAUUUUCAAGAUGGCGGCGGGAAUGUAUUUGGAACACUACCUUGACAGUAUAGAAAACCUGCCAUUUGAGCUACAGAGGAAUUUCACUCUGAUGAGAGACCUGGACACACGGACCGAGGAUCUGAAAGGGCAGAUAGACUCUUUGGCUCGCGAGUACACGUCAAAUGCACACACCCUCUCCUCGGAGCGGAAGCUCUCCCUGCUUCGCCAGAUCCAGCAGUCAUAUGGAAUGUGUAAAGAGUUUGGAGAUGACAACGUCCAGCUGGCCAUGCAGACCUAUGAGAUGGUGGACAAACACAUCCGCAGGCUGGACACAGACUUGGCCCGCUUCGAGGCAGACCUAAAGGAGAAAAAGAUUGAGAGCACCGAUUAUGACUCGACCUCCAGCAAGGGAAACAAGAGUGAGCUCAGGGGGCCAAAAGAGAAGAAGGUUAAAGGCACGAGGUUAAAGGCGAAGUCAGACGACGACUGCAGCUCCAAGAUCGGACAGAAGAAAGUCAAACUAACACAAACGCCUGAGUUCACAGCCCCUACGGUGAACUUUGGGAACGUCCACCCCUCGGAUGUGCUGGACAUGCCCGUGGACCCCAACGAGCCCACCUACUGCCUGUGUCACCAAGUGUCUUAUGGAGAGAUGAUCGGCUGUGACAACACAGACUGCUCCAUUGAGUGGUUCCACUUUGCCUGCGUGGGGCUGACGACAAAACCCAGAGGAAAAUGGUACUGUCCAAGGUGUACUCAGGAGAGGAAGAAAAAAUGAACCCAGAGACAAUCAUAACCAACAAUCAUAACGCUAGAGGGAUGUAGAGUUUACACAGGAGGGUUCAGUGUUUGUAUUGAAACAUGGCACGCCCUCCAUAAACAUCCAUAAACAUUAACAUAGACUCUGCAGGGUCAUGUUUAAUAGGUCACACCAUCACAAGUUGGGUUGAAACGCAAAACCAAAAUGAGCAUUACCUAUUGGACCGAGUCCAAGUAGCCCCUCCCCUUUUUCAUUGUGGGUUCUUCUGUUCAGUGUCUAAUGGUACUUCUGGUCUGCUAUCCUGUAUACCUCUCUUUGUCAAACAGAAAGAAGAUGGACAUUUGACGGAGGUGUAGUUACAGCUGUUAGCCUAAUUGAUGUUCCCUAAUCAUGACUAUAUAUUUUUUUUUAUUGUUUAACUUUUUGAUGGUUGCUUUAAUGCUUAUUUAUGCAGAGUACUACAGAGACGUAUCCCCCUCUUUUUACAGCCAGUGGCUCUAUAUGGUUCUCAGCCACUCAGUUGCUUCAUGACAGACUGUAACGGCGGCUCGUACUGGAUGCUUUUAUACUGAACACUAUUCAGCCCUGAUACACACCGAUCACGUGUAUCAACUCUUUUGUUCUCCAACUAUUCCCUAUAUUCUCACUAGUUAUUUGAUUAAGCGGAGUGGUUGAUGUAGCUAGAUUGUCGAUUUGACUGGAACGGAGAAUGUACAGAUCUAGAUGUGCUAGUUCGGAAUGCUGUCGGAAGCAAACUGGACAGAAUUUCUCUCUCACAUUCAUUUAAACAGCAAUCACCUGAAUUGCAGGUUGUUUGCCCAAAAGAGCUGGAAUUAGUGAACUGGAAAAGGAAUUGAUAACCGAAUCUAGAUGGUAAAGCUUUAAAAAUAUAUAUUUUCUGAUAUAUAGACAUUUUGAUAGGCCCCAUCGCAAAUAAUUCAACAACGUCCUGUAUAUUUCAUUUAGGUAAAACGUUAAACUCAUGAAAAGGUAUUUUGAUGCUAUGACCUUUUGUAUUCUGACUAAUUGAAUAAUGUACUUCGAAACAUUGGGUGUUGUUUUUGGAGUUAUCUAUUCUUGAGGAAUAAAGCACACACACAAAAAAACAACCAGAGUAAAA